ACGCUCACCGGUUGCGGCCCGGGACCCAUGGACAUGCGCGCCCUUCCCUGCUGCGCCCGCACCAGACGGCCCUCUCUGCUCCGAGAGACGCCGAUCAGUUCUGGGCGCCCAAGCCGGACUGCCAAAGGUCGCGCCGAGCGACAGAGAACGAGCCAGGCCGUGGGAGACGCCCUCACGGGCCCACAGGCAUUGUUUCCCUGAGAUCCGAGGCGCACGAUCGCCCCCAAGAUUAAGAGUUUUUGCUUUAGUCUGGAAAACAAACGUCUCUGAGAAGCUGGUCCAACAUGGCUUUAGCAGAUAAGAGACUUGAGAACCUGCAGAUCUACAAAGUUCUUCAGUGUGUCCGGGACAAAAACAAGAAGCAGAUAGAGAAGCUGACCAGGCUUGGAUAUCCUCAGCUGAUCAACUUCACAGACCCCGUGGAUGGUCUCAGUGCUCUGCACUUAGCCUCAGUGUCCAAUGACGUCGAUAUGGUCACCUUUCUCCUUGAACUCGGAGCUCACCCUGAUGUGCAAGACCAUAAGGGCUGUACCCCAACCAUGAGGGCUGCUGAGCUGGGCCAUGAACUGUCAAUGGAAAUAUUAGCCAAAGCAAAGGCUGAUAUGACCAUAGUUGAUAAUGAAGGAAAAGGCAUUUUAUUUUACUGCAUCUUGCCUACUAAGCGGCAUUAUCGCUGUGCUUUGAUUGCUCUUGAACAUGGUGCGGAUGUCAACAAUUCUACCUAUGAUGGAAAACCAGUGUUCCUUAGGGCUUGUGAAGAAGCCCAUGAUAUUAGAGAGAUGUGCUUGAUGUUUUUGGAAAGAGGAGCCGAUCCAAAUGCUAUCAACUCAUCCACAGGUCGCACAGCUUUAAUGGAGGCCUCAAGAGAAGGGGUGACAGAAAUAGUCCGGGGAAUAUUGGAAAGAGGAGGUCUCGUGAAUACAUUUGACAACGACAGACACCAUGCUGCUCAUUUUGCUGCCAAAGGAGGCUUUUUUGAUAUACUGAAGCUUCUCUUCGCGUACAAUGGAGACUUGGGGAUGAUCGCGAUGAAUGGGAACACACCCCUUCACUACGCUGCCAUGGGUGGCUUUGCCGAUUGCUGUAAAUACAUAGCUCAGAGAGGAUGUGACCUGAAAUGGAAGAAUUUAGACCACAAAACACCCCGGGCUUUGGCAAAAGAAGGUGGUUUCAAAGUAGCCAGCAAAGAAAUUCGUCGAGCGGAGCGAAUUGCUAAUAAACUGGCCAAACCAGGAGCCAAGAAUCCUAAUCCACCCUGGGCCCUCAGACUGCAUGACUGGUCUGUAGAACAUGAGACUUUUCUUAAGGAAAUCUUCUCAUUUGUGGACAGGGGUGAUGGGUCAGUGUCCAAAGAAGACUUUGUGAUGACCUUGGAGGAGAGGCAAGAGUAUGCCAGCUCUGAACAGCUGUUUUCCAUAGCUCAACUUCAUGAAAAAACCCGGGGAGGAGGCGUCAACAUUAGUGAGUUCUUUAAAGGAACUAAAUACCUAAACAAGGCUUUUGUCUUGGGAUCUUAUGGAGCUAAGAAAAAGAAAAAAGGAAUGGGCAAAAAGGGAAGAAAGGGCAAGUUUGUGAUACCUCUUCCAGUCUGUGUUAUUCCUGAAGACGCAUUUCCACACCGGUCAGAUGGUGGGCCUCCCUAUUACAUGAUUGAAACCUAUCAGAACGUAACUGAUUGCAGCCGGUUCAACCAGGACCACCCACCAGAACAUCCCAUGCAGGAUGAUUCUGCUUGGUACAUUGAUGAUCCAGGGAAGGUCUUUUCAAAUAUUAAUUUCAUCACUAAGGCAGGAGACCUGGCAUCUUUGAAAAAGGCUUUCGAAUCAGGAAUACCUGUGGAUAUGAAAGAUAAAUAUUACAAGACACCACUAAUGAUGGCAUGUGCAAGUGGAAAUAUAGAUGUGGUCAAGUUUCUUCUUGAAAAAGGAGCCAAUGUUAAUGCCACAGAUAAUUUUCUGUGGACUCCGCUGCAUUUCGCAUGUCAUGCCGGCCAGCAAGACAUCGUUGAGCUUCUUGUCAAGUCUGGAGCUGCAAUCGAUGCCCUUUCAAUCAACAACACCACUCCUCUGAGUCGAGCUAUCGAAAGCUGUAGAAUGGAUACUGUAAAAUACCUACUUGAUAUUGGUGCUAAAUUUCAGCUGGAAAACAGAAAAGGGCAUACUGCCAUGGACAUUGCAAAGGCAUAUGCUGAUUAUAGAAUAAUCGAUUUGAUUAAAGAAAAGUUAGAUAACUUGCCUAAACAAGCAGAAAGUCAAAAACUGAAAGCCAAGCCACCCCUGAAAGCAAAGAUGGAAGGCCCUGAAGUUAAAAAAGAAGAGGAAGCACUUGCAUCACUGUAUGCUGUGCCAACUGUACCAACAGAAAAGAAGAAAAAGCGCAAAGAUAAUGUGGUUUAUCUCAAUUCCUUGAUUACCAGUGGUUACACCAAGAAAAUGAAUAUAAUAUUUAAUCCUCGAAGGGUUUGGAGCCCUGAAGCCACCACAGCAGAACUGGUCCGGAAACGGGAACUGCGGCGGGAAAGGUUCAGUUACGAAGUAGACUUUGAAGAUUUCAUGAUGCCUUUUCAGAAGAACAUCACAGAAAAAGCUGAAGCUUUGGAAGCUGCCUUGAAGAGCUAAAUCAUAGCAGUUUACCUUCUUGGGGUAAAGGCUUUGAAACCCAGGGACCAAACUUUGGAGAAAGUAGAUAAUCUCCA